CAUUUAUUUUCCAGUUUGGGAAAUAUAAUGACGCAUAUCGGGUCAUAAUUUGUUUAGCUUUUGCAUAUUACCAUUUUUGGCUUUUAAAUUAUCGGUUGACUUUUGGAAUCAAAAUUAAAGGAAAGUAUGUUAAAACGAGCCUCGCUGGCGUUGAGCCACUAUCCGGGUGCUUGUUUCCGUGCCUGCAAUUGUUGCAGGUUCAUCCAGAUGUGUCACGUGGCUAAAAUCAACGAGGACCGUAAGCCUUCUCAAAAACCAGCUCAUGACCUAUGGAAAGCUUUAAUAAAACUGCGAAGCGAGUUGAUUUCCCAGGAAGCUACCAGUGAUACUCGUUGCCUGCGACGCGAUCAGCCUUUGCGAUGUGCUUUCUUGGGGGAUCUAGAGCUGCUAAUGGAGCAGAGAAUCCUCGGAAAUAAGUGGUCCAACAUAAGGAUGUCCUUGAAACGUAAAAGCCUCCCCGAAAUGGCCACCUCUGCCGACGGGUGCGAACAUGGAUGCGGCGGAAAAAAGAGUAAGAGUAAAAAAAAGAAGAAAAAGUGUGGCAAUGGUAAGGGUAAAGGUGGUGGAAAAAAAGGUGAUGAUGAUGGAAAGGAAAUGGAAAGGCUAAAAAAGCGCUGCAAAAUGUACAAGGAUCAGGCGAUGCUUAAGAAGUGCCAGGAUAUGGCUGCAGGUAAAAAAUGCAAGCGAUUGGCCAAGGCAAAGGAAUGCCAGAAGAAAGCCGAGCUGGAGCAGUGCAUGAAGUGCAUUAGAAAAGAAAGGGGAGAAAGCGAAGAGGAAGAGGAAGAGUGUGUUGAAGAGAAGAAGUGCCCUGACGAGGAAGCGGAGUUGGAAAAGCUAAACAAACAAAUCCAGAAAAUAGCCGAUCAAAUGAACUGCGAGAAGUUGGCUAAAAUCGAGGCCAUAAAACGAGCCUGUCGCGAGCAAUUGGAGAGGGAAGAGUGCGCCAGAAGGGCCGAAGCUGCCCGCAAGGAAGCCGAAGCAGAACGAAAGCGGUUAGAAGAGGAGGCACGCAAGAAGGCUGAGGAGGAUGCCAAUAAGCCCCCCGAUGAAGAUCAGUACGAAAUAAAAAAACAGUGCGCCAAAAUGGCCAAGGAGCAAAAGAAGAAGGCGAAGGCCAGGCAGAAAAAACUAAAAGCCCUUGCCGAAAAGGCCAAGGCCAAGAAAAUGAAAGAGCAGUGCAAGAAAAUGGCAGCAAUUGAAAAAUGCCGAAAGAAGGCCAAACAGGAUAAGCUCGAAAAGGAAAAGGCGGAAUGUGAAAAGGCCAGACUGGAAGAGGAGGCAAGGGUCAAAGCCUGCAAAGCAGCUGAGGCGGCAAGGGAAAAAGCCGAAAAAGACUUACAAGCAAAAAAAGAAUUGUGCGCAAAAAUGAAAAAAACGGAAGACAAAAAAGAAGACGUAUGCGCUAAAUACAAAUUCGAAGAAGAACUCGAGGAAGUUGUAGACGAUGUAAAUAAAGCUGUAAAAGUGGCCGAAAAGGAGUUCAAGGAGGAAGUCAAAAAGGAGGUAAAGGAAGAAAUCAGAAAAGAGGUCAUCGGAAAGCCUUCUUCUCCGCCACCACCCAAAGCUACAAGCUCAUCACCACCCAAAUCCCCAACCCCAUCUCCACCGCCAAAAUCCAAUCCCGAUAUACUUUUCCAGAUAUGCAAGAAGAUGGCCGAAAAGAAGCUUAAACGAAAUAAAAAGAAGGUCAAGGCUUUAAAAGCCAAAUGCAGGAAAAUAGCUCUCAAGGAGCAGUGCAAGUGUGCGCUGGCAGAAAAGAAGGCCAGGGAACUGGAGGAGUACUGCAAGAAAAAGAAGAAAUAGACCUUGUACAAAUUCUAAAUUCCUAAGUCUGCCAAUUCACGAUCAAAAUUUAUGCCCUUAAAUUUCAACAUUCGUAAUAAUUAUUCAUA